UUACGUGUAACAACUUUGGUUACGAGGAAAACAAACUUCCAUCGUCGUUUAAAAUGACGGCGUUGUAGAUGUGUUGGAAUGUGAGUCAUAUAAAUUGUGUGUGGGAAAGGGCGGUUUCCGGUAAUGUGGAAGCAGUGGCUGAGCGAAGAUGUUUCGAUCGAUGUGGACAUACAUUUAUUGGCUUUUAAGACCGGCAGUUAAGUGGAUCCUAAGGAAAACUACGAAGUUGUGUGAGCUUCAAAGGAUAUGUUACGGAGAAAAGCCUGGGGCUCCACGCGCCCAUGGUGUGGAAUUCUCCUUACGCUACUCACGAAAUCAGUCUAUUAGGAAACUGCUGGAUGUACUGGAUCGCCAGUGUGACUCUAAACUGUUCAUAACGGAGAGAAAAAGUCUUGUUCCCUUCGCCGUUAAUACUGUGGCCAGUGCGAAGGAAAUCAAUCUCCAUAUUCAUAGACAGUUCAUAAAAUCGUUUAGUACUUGUAUAGAACAAAUUUGGGGCUAUCGGGAACUAAUACACCACGUAGAGUCACUGAGGAAGACGUGGUACGACGCAUCUAACUUAGAUCAUGAAAGGAAACUACUAAGGUUGUGGCAGCUACUGAUGCCCGACAAACCUUUGGAGUCGCGUGUUACGAAGCAGUGGCAGGGUAUCGGUUUCCAGGGGGAAGACCCCAAGACGGACUUCCGCGGCAUGGGUCUCCUGGGGCUCGAGAACCUGAUAUACUUCGCCCAGGAGUACCCCGGGGCCGCGUGCCACGUGCUGUCUCACUCGCACCACCCCCGCUACGGGUACGCCUUCGCCAUUGUCGGCAUCAACCUGACUAGCAUGGCCUACCACAUGUUGAAGGACGGCACGGCCAAGACGCACUUCUUCAACGUCGCCCGCGGCUGCCCCGCCAUAUCUUCCUUCCACCAGUUCUACUGCUUCCUGUUCUACGAGUUCGACAGGUUCUGGAUAGAGUCCAAACCUGAGAAUGUUAUGGACUUCGCACGUAUCAAGGAGCGUUUCGAAAGUGCCAUCCGCACAUCUCUCACUAACCCAAGUACAAUUUUCAGGUUGAACAUAUCAGUAGACAAUAUAUAGUUAGGUUACCUGGAACGGCUAGUGACAUUCGCUAGAAUUGUUACCUCUGCUUUUGCACGUUUCUUCCCUGUCCUUUCUUGCCAGAAAGUUGUCACCAGGAUGCAGAAUGUGGCACGGAUAGGCUUUCAGAUUUGAAGUUCCUCAAAAGAAAAUCACAAAGUCUCUUAACAAGAAUGAGUUGUAGAGUGUCAUAUGAUGUGAUAUAAUGGUCAUCAUCUCCACCAAAGUUUUACUUAUUAUGCAGGCUUGGCUAUUUUUUUUCUUUUGACAUACCAUGUAUGAUUAACUAUUGUUUUUAUUUGAAUUUUAUUGUAUCGACUUUGGUUAUUGUAAGACUGUAGGAUUCCAUUUGUGCUUAUUUAUUUGAUUUUGUUUGCACUUUUUAAAUAUCCUGUUAAGUCUUUACUUUUUCAAGUACGAGACUGUUGCGUUAUACAGGUCGCGACAAAUAGUAUUUCAGUAAUUGAGAAUGCACCGUGUUAAAUGUGUUCAUAGAAUCUAUGAGAAUUAUUUUCUCUCAGUGUUUAAGAUUGCAAAGACCUCUGACAGUGUGGUCAGAGCUAACUUGUGUGUGUUAUAUUUAUUAUGUGAUAUAUUUUUGUGGCUGUGGAUACUAGAAAAAUAUUGCCUGUGCAUGACUUCGAAAAAUUGAAUACAUGCAUUCAGGAUGGAAAUAAUAAAUGAAUGGAAUAUUUCUGUGUUCAAUA